GUUCCAGGGCGUGGCCGCGAGAGGGGUGGCCGCGGGCGGGGCCGGAGGCGGCGGGAGUCACGGCUGGCUGUCCGUGCACCUGAGAGCCGACGCCCGGGUCUUCGAAGCUGCGCCCGCCGCCUUCCCCGUCGCCAUGAGCCGCUUCAAGGUGUCCAAGUUCCGGCACAUGGAGGCCCGGCCGUCCCGACGCGAGGCCUGGAUCGGUGACAUUCGAGCAGGAACCACACCCUCGUGUGGGAACCAUAUCAAAUCCAGCUGCCACUUGAUUGCGUUUAACUCUGACCGUCCAGGUGUGCUGGGUAUUGUGCCUCUGGAUGGCCAAGGAGAGGACAAGAGACAGGUGACCCACCUGGGCUGCCAUUCAGACCUGGUCACGGACUUGGAUUUCUCUCCCUUUGAUGAUUUUCUUCUGGCCACGGGUUCAGCUGACAGGACGGUGAAGCUGUGGCGACUACCGGCCCCUGGCCAGGCGCUGCCCUCGGUGCCGGGGCUGGUGCUGGGCCCUGAGGGCGUCCAGGUGGAGGUACUGCAGUUCCACCCCACCGUGGAUGGUGUCCUGGUGAGUGCGGCGGGCACCGCCGUGAAGGUCUGGGAUGUAACCAAGCAGCAGGCCCUCACAGAGCUGGCGGCCCAUGGGGACCUGGUGCAGGGUGCUGUCUGGAGCCGGGAUGGAGCCCUGGUGGGCACGACGUGCAAGGACAAGCAGCUGAGGAUCUUCGACCCCAGAGCGAAGCCCGGGGCCUCCCAGAGCACAGAGGCCCACAAGAACAGCAAGGAUGGCUGGCUGGUGUGGACGGGCACCCAGGAGCACCUUGUGUCCAGUGGAUUCAACCAGAUGCGUGAGCGUGAAGUGAAGCUCUGGGACACUCGGCACUUCUCCAGCGCCCUCACCUCCAUCACCCUGGACACCUCACCCGGGUCUCUGAUGCCUCUCCUGGACCCAGACACCGGGCUCCUGGUCUUGGCAGGAAAGGGUGAUAGUCAGUUGUAUUGCUACGAGGUGACCCCGCAGCAGCCAGCGCUGAGCCCAGUGACGCAGUGCCUCCUUGAGAGUGUGCUGAGGGGCGCGGCUCUUGUGCCCCGGCGGGCACUGGCUGUCAUGGGCUGUGAGGUGCUCCGUGUCCUGCAGCUGAGCGACACGGCCAUCGUGCCUGUCAGCUACCACGUGCCUCGCAAGGCUGUGGAGUUCCAUGAGGACCUGUUCCCGGACACCGCAGGCUGCAUCCCUGCCUCCGAUCCCCAUGCCUGGUGGGUGGGGAGCAACCAGCAGGUGCAGAAGGUUAGCCUCCACCCAGCUCGGCGGCCCCACCUCAGCUUCACUUCCUGCCUGGUGCCCCCUGCGGAGCCCUCCCCGGACCAGGCCCAGCCUGCAGACACUCCUGCAGGUGAUGCGGAUCCCAGCGAGGGCUUCUCUUCCCCUCUCAGCUCGCUGACCUCCCCCUCCACACCCUCCAGCCUGGGGCCCUCGCUCUCUAGCACCAGUGGUAUCGGCACCAGCCCCAGCCAGAGAUCCCUACAGAGCCUGCUGGGCCCCAGUUCCAAGUUCCGCCAUGCUCAGGGCACCGUCCUGCACCGAGACAGCCACAUCACCAACCUCAAGGGGCUCAACCUCACCACGCCUGGCGAGAGCGAUGGAUUCUGUGCCAACCGGCUUCGUGUGGCUGUGCCCUUGCUCAGCAGUGGCGGGCAGGUGGCUGUGCUCGAGCUGCGGAAGCCUGGCCGCCUGCCCGACACAGCACUGCCCACAAUGCAGAAUGGCGCAGCUGUGACUGAUCUGGCCUGGGACCCCUUUGACCCCUACCGCCUCGCUGUGGGUGGGGAGGAUGCCAGGAUCCGACUGUGGCGGGUGCCCCCAGAGGGCCUGGAGGAGGUGCUCACGACACCUGAGGCCGUGCUCACAGGCCACACAGAGAAGAUCUACUCUCUGCGCUUCCACCCGCUGGCAGCCGACGUGCUGGCCUCCUCUUCCUAUGAUCUGACCAUUCGGAUCUGGGACCUUAAGGCCAGAGCUGAGCGGCUGAGGCUGCAGGGCCAUCGGGACCAGAUCUUCAGCCUGGCCUGGAGUCCCAACGGACAGUAUCUGGCCACUGUCUGCAAGGAUGGGCACCUGCGGGUCUAUGAGCCCCGGCGUGGCCCUGAGCCCCUGCAGGAAGGCCCAGGGCCUGAGGGGGCCCGUGGAGCCCGCGUCGUCUGGGUGUGUGAUGGUCACUGUCUGCUGGUGUCCGGCUUUGACAGCCGAAGUGAGCGCCAGCUACUCCUGUACCCCGCCAAGGCUGUGGCCGGUGGCCCUUUGGCAGUGCUGGGGCUGGAUGUGGCUCCCUCAACCCUGCUUCCCAGCUAUGACCCGGACACCAGCCUGGUGCUACUCACGGGCAAGGGCGACACCCGUGUGUUCCUAUACGAGCUGCUCCCAGAGGCUCCUUUCUUCCUGGAGUGCAAUAGCUUCACGUCGCCUGACCCCCACAAGGGUUUCGUCCUCUUGCCCAAGACAGAGUGUGACGUCCAGGAAGUAGAGUUUGCCCGAUGCCUGCGGCUUCGCCAGACCUCCCUGGAGCCCGUUGCCUUCCGUCUACCCCGAGUCAGGAAAGAGUUCUUCCAGGAUGAUGUGUUCCCAGACACGGCCAUGAGCUGGGAGCCCGUGCUCAGUGCGAAGGCCUGGCUGGGAGGUGCUAAUGGGCAGCCCCGGCUGAUCAGCCUACAGCCCCCGGGCAUGACCCCAGUGAGCCAGGCACCCCGUGAAGCCCCUGCCCGUCGGGCCCCGUCCUCAGCACUGUACCUGGAAGAGAAGUCAGAUGAGCAAAAGAAGGAAGAGCUGCUCAGUGCCAUGGUGGCAAAGCUGGGGAACCGCGAGGACCCGCUCCCUCAGGACUCCUUUGAAGGUGUGGACGAGGACGAGUGGGACUAGACUGCCCACCAGCCACCUCUGGCCUCACCUGCUGCCGCCACCUCCCAGAACCACCUGACGUGCCCGCUGCGCACCUCCGGUCUCCCCCUCAAACUGGAAGAUGCCUCGUGGCCCUGGCACACCUCCUCCCCAAAGCCCUGACUUCUUUUGGGCCUUGGGCACUUCCAAGGCCUCUAGGUCCCGCUGCAACUCCCAUGGAUUGUCUGCACCUCUGCUUUCCCUGGGACUGGCUGCUUCUCGUCAGCUGCCUGCUAGCAUGUGGAGCCAGGGGCACGGGAGCGCGGUGGGCUGGGAGUGCUGAGGGGUUAGUAGACGUCCCUGGGCUGGUCCCAGCCUGGGCUGGCUUUGCCCAGCACCUUCACUUAGCACGGGCCACAUCCCAUCUUGCUUGCUGCCCCACUUCCAGGUAAGAGCCUUGGGGGCUGGCCCCCUGCCAGGCCAUUUGGCACAGCACCAGCCUCACGGGCCAGGGACCAGUUGCCCUCCUCCCCAGGUUUGAAACCAGGAGAAGGGGGACAUCACGGAGCUGAUGGCCCAGUUAAGGGCGGGGUGUGAGCCCCUCAGGGACUGGCCUGAAUAUACCCUGGAUGUUUUCAGCAAUUAAACUUUUCUGAGCUGGCCACCUCUUGUGCUGCUGUGGUCUCUUGCUGACUGCGAGAGUUCGGGGACAGGAGUAUGGGUGAAGGCGGUUUGGCCCUGGGUUCCCCCUUGUUCCAGGCCUCACUUCGCUCCUCAGGCCUUUUCAGCUGCUAUGAGUUGGUUCAUUCAUCCAACACAUAGAUACCCAACAGUGGUCUGGAUGGUAGAUACGGUAAGGGACAGGAGAGACCAGGCCUCUCAAGGCACUUGUCAUUGUCCUCCUGUGCAGGGGAGCCAGACUGUGUGCAAGUAAGCAAACUGUGAAGAGAGACAUAAAGAAGACAAAUUAGGGGCACCUGGCUGGUGUAGUUGGUAGAGUGUGCGACUCUUAACCUCGGGGUUGCGUGUUUGAGCCCCAUGUUGCGCAUAGAGAUGACUUAACCACAAAUAUAUACAUAAGGAAGACAAAUUAUGUGAAACAGAGCAGCGGAGGUACAGAUGAAGCAGGGUGUUCAGUCUGAGAGGUGACCUUUAUGCUGAGAGCUGAGACCUGAAGGUCAGUGAGCCACAGAGCCAUGAGAAUGUUUCAGACGAAAGUCAGGUGGCCACAGCACUGAGGGAAGAAAGAAUUUGAAGAGUUGGAGGAAAGGAAAGGGCAGUGGUCCGGGACAUAGCACAAGGCAGUCUGACUUAACGUUCAUUGAACACCCAUGUGUUGGAUACCUUCCAUGUGCCAGCCACCCUUUCUGGGUGCUGAAGUUCAAGAGUGGGGAAAAGAGAAAAGUCCUGCCCACCAGGGAUCCACAUUCUAGCUGCGGGAACAAGUUAUAAACAAUAAACAUAAAGUACAUGAAUUAUGCCUGGGUGGCUCAAUCGGUUAACCGGCUGACUUCAGCUCAGGUUGUGAUCUCACAGUUGCUGAGUUCAAGCCUCAAGGCCAGCUCUGUGCUGCCAGCUCAGAGCCUGAAGCCUGCUUGGGAUUCUGUGUCUCCCUCUCUGCCCCUCUCCCACUCCUGUUCUGUCUCUCUCUCUCUCUCUCAAAAAUUAAAAAAAAAAAAAAAUGUUUUUUCUAAAGAUGAUUAAGAACUUCCGGGAAAAAAAAAUAGAGGGGACCAAGAAUGGUAGUUUAAGUCAGACACAAAAAGCCACAUAUAGUUGGAUUCUCUUUCCAGGAGAUGUUCAGAACAGACAAAUCCAUAGGGACGGAACAAAGAUUAGUGGUGGCCAGGCGCAGGGGGAUGGCGCAGGGGCAUUGGUUGCUAAUGCGCAGAGACUUUUUUUGAGGGGUUGAUGAAAAUGUUGUGGUGUCCUUGUGGUGAUGGUUGCAUAACUCUGUGACUAUGCUAAAAAGCACUGAAUUGUGCACUUUAAAAUGGUGAAUUGGAUGGUGUGUGGAUUUUAUUUCAAUAAAGCUGUUACUAUAAAACAAUGCAGGACAAGGUUCAGCGUUGGUAGGGGAUUGGGGUGGGCCUUGUUGAGAAGAUGACACUUGAGCAAGAACUUGAAGGAGGGGGCAGUGAGAGGUCCUUCCCAGAGUAGAGGGACCCUAGCAUGAAACUUAUUUUGAAGUUUCCUGUUUUCUUAUAUAUUUGUGAGACUUUGGCAUCCUACUCCUUAUGUUCGUGGGGUGUCGUAUGUUUACUGCAUAUCUUUUAGUACCAAAUAUUUUGGCAAAAUCAAGGGAAGAAAUCGCUCCGCAUUUGACAGAUGUAUUUAUUCUGUGACAUCUGGCACGG